AUGCAACUUGUACUUGGGAACUACAUAAAGAAUCAACAGAUGUCACUAAGAUUGGCCAAGGCCAAUGGCAUCAUUAAUUGGUUCAAUAAUCACUCAAUUGCACUUCAUUUACUAUAUGCAGAGCAACACUGCACUGCAGACCAAGCAAGGGCUCUUAUUAGACCUUGCAUCACUUGGUGGACAUCACACAUAAUGGCCAUUGGCCAGUUAAUUCAACUGGAGAUUCCAUAUAAAACAAUUGUAGUAAGGAGCCAGAGGGAACUUGAAACUGCUGCUGGAACAAAGUGUGAUGCAAUUGCAAAAGCACAGCAGAUCCUUGCAAUAAUUCAGAAUCAAGGCUUCUGGGAUGACAUGAGUUAG